AUGGAGGAACAGUUCAAGAAGGAACGUAGCUCUCUAGAGGAACAGAAGAGCCUUUUACGAGAGGAACUGGACAGUCUGCGAGAGGAGCUCGCAGCCAAACUCAACAUGGCCAACAGUGAGGUGAAUCGACUCCAGGAGCUGAUGAAGCAGGGAGAGCAGGGACUAAGUUCUGCCGAGGGACACAUCUCCAAUCUGAAGGAUGCCCAGAAGAAGCUUCUAGAAGAGCUGGACGCCACGCGAGCAAGACUCAGAGAGACUAGCAACCUCUUAACAGCCCUUCAGGGAGAGAUGGAGUCUCAGAAACAACAACAUGAUGCCAAACUCAUUGCUACCAAAGAGGAAGAGAAGCUCAAAAUGGAUAAGAUGGCCCUGGAGCUCGAGCUGAAGUGGACCGAGGCGCUCAGGCAAGAGUGUAAGAAACUGCGUGAGGAGCUGCGUGAAGAGCAUGAGGAGAAUAAAAGGUCAGCGCUCACGCAGCUGGCACAGAAUAAAGAUCAGGAGAUGUGCUCUGCCAGAGAGAGCUGGCAGAGGAAGGUGGAGGACCUUCUAGAGCAGAUUUCCUUGCUGAAACAGAGCCUGGAGAUGCAGCUUUCCCAAUCCCAGCAUUCCCUGCAGCAGCUGCAGGCACAGUUCAGUCAGGAGCGAGAGCACCUGGGACAGCAGCUGCAGGAAAUGGAGCUGGAGCAUCAGCGCAGGGAGCAGCGGCUGCAGGAAGCCCACUGCUGCGCUAUACAGGACAUGCAGGAAGCCCGCCAGCACGACCUCAAGGAGCUUGAGGAGCGUCUACGGCAGCAGCACCACAUGGAGCUUCAGGCUCUGCGAGAGGCUCACAGGCAGAACAUCGAGACUCUGAAACAGCAGUCAGAGCAAGAGCUGCAGACCCUCCGCUUCGAACUGGAGGAUGAGGGCAAGGCCAUGCUGGCAUCCCUGCGUUCAGAGCUGAACCAUCUUCACGCAUCAGCCAUUGAACAUAUGCGUCAAACCCAUCAACAGGAAACAGCGGCUGCCAAACAGGAAAUGGAGAACGCUCUGGAGCAGAGCAGAGUAAAGGAACGUGAGCUUCUGAGUCGCAUCUCAGAUCUGCAGGAGGAGGUCAGUCGCAGGAAGAAGCACAUUGCCAAUCUGGACCACGAGAUUCACACCCUGAACGAGAACAUCAGCACUUUGACCAAGGAGCUGGAACUCAAGGGCAAAGAGGUUUUGAAGAUCCGUAGCGAGGCCAAUCAGCAGAUCAGAGCUCAUGAGCAGGACCUGUUUAAGAAACACGAGCGUGAGAUGGCCGAGCUGAAUGCUCUCCACCACAGAGAAGCACAAAACAUGCUGUCAGACUUCAACAAGGCCCAGGAACUGCUGAAGGACAAGAUCUCCGCCCUGCAGAUCCUGUUGGAGGGAACAGAAGACAAAUUCCGGAACAGAGAGAGCAGGCCUGAAGAUCUGCAGACAAUAGCCGAACUGAAGGAUAUGGUGACCGAGAGAGAAUCUUUGGUCAAGAAACUGGUGGAUGACAAAAAGUUUUACCAGCUGGAGCUUGUCAACAGAGAGACCAACUUCAACAAAAUAUUCAAUACAAAUCCUAAUGUUGGUGUCAUUAACCCUCUUGUCAAGCAAAAGCGAAAGAACGACAAAUCAGCCACCCGAUUCAGCAGCUCGGCCAAUCUUAGGGCCAAUGUGGAGGCUUCCGGGACAGGGAGCGGCCAGCCCCAGCCCAACCGCCUCGAACCCAUCCCCAACUCCCCCAUUCACCAGCUGGAGCCUAACACGAGCAAACCCCUGCCCCCACCAGCCCCUCUCACCGAACCCAAGAAAUUGACGAGCCCUCCUGAAGGAGAAGAAUCACCCGUCACCUCUCCAGACCCCCAGAGACAAGAGUGGUUCGCUCAGUAUUUCUCCUUCUGACUUUUGCGAUUAAAGAGCAUGUCGACCAAACCAGACAAAAAAGUGAUAUAUUAUUUACCCGACACAUCCUUUCAUUUGUUCUUUUUUUCUCCCCACUGUGAAUGGGUUUGUUGUUUUCACAGUGAUGAUAGGUAUGUUUGACGUUUCAUUUACUGCCGUUUCUAUAGAGUGAUGCAUACGCUGCUAAUUACUAUUUGUUAAAAGAGAAAAAAAACAACAGUAUUGUCUCCUCUGUAUCUAAUUUUAGAAUGCCACCGUAAUGACUUUGUUACAACUGCAUUAU